UAAUAAUUGUGUUUGCAUCAGCGUGUAACAAGUGCCAAAAAAUGUCGAAAGUGUAUGUCACGCCCUGUUGUUCAAGUUUAAAUUUGGUCACAGUACAGUUGAAAUAUAUCGAAAUAUCUCUAAAGGAAUAGGUUUGGAUGCGGUUUCUGAGCCGGCAUGCCGAGUUGGUUUCAGUGCUUUCAGGCUGGCGACUACGGUUUCUUCUUUUCUUCUUCUUUUUCGCUGAACUUCUUUUACCCAGCCGUCGUUUCAAGUGGUUGAAUACCGAGGUAACCGCGGAUGAGAAGUGGUGCCUCUAUGUAACCAUAGUCGAAAGCGUCGAUGAGUCGACACACAGGAAACCAUAACCAGAACAUAAAUUUGGACUGCAUCAGAAAAAUGUAAUUCUUAACGUUUAGUGGUACGUGCGUGGAGUCUAUCAUUGGGAGCUUCUUCUGGACAAUACUACGAUAAACGCCGCUGUCUAAACCGAACAACUACAAAGACUCGCGGAAGAACUUGAACGACUGUCACCGAAGCUCGACAAUGUUCUGGUUGUACAUGAUAAAGCACGUCCUCUCGUGUCAAAAACAACACACAGAUUCCUGCACCGACAUCUAUCGACACUCGAGAAUCUUUGAAGUUCGUUACAGAUAACCGGACGGACUGUUUCUCGAACCUCAUCUGGAUCUUGACUAACGUAGAAACUAUAAAUGACGAGUUUAUAAGGAUUACUGUUCAGUCGAAACUAUUUCACCACAGGGACAUGAUCGUGCAUACUAAGCGUAAACGCAAUGGGAAGAAAAAAUCUCAUCGUGGUAGAGGAUUAGUCAACAGGAUCAUCAAUAGUCUACCCGUUGAGUUACAUUUACCCGGUUACCAGUACCGUGGAUCUGGUACAAAACUAGCAAAGAGACACGCGCGAGGCUGUCCGGGCAUCAAUCCCAUCGACGCAACCUGCAAAGAGCACGACAUCGCCUACUCGAAGAAUCAAGAGAGUCUCGAAUACGCAGGAGCGGCGGACGAGGUACUGGCCCAUAAAGCUUGGAAGCGCGUUUUCGCUAAAGACGCGAGUCUCGCUGAGAAGGCGGCAGCCUGGUCCGUAGCGAACGUAAUGGGUGCCAAGUCGAAACUCGGUAUGGGACUCAAGAAGAAGAAGAAGCCAAAGACUGUAACGCUGAGGAAAGUGAUUGAGGAAGCCAAAUGAUCGAUGAUUCCUAGUAAUGAUACACGUCAAACGAGCAGAUGGAAAGCGCAACGUCCGCACACCGCGGGUUCUACCCGUGCCGUCCUGUGUUUGCGGGUCUCAAUGCAGCUGUAGGUAUAGCCAAAGCUGUGAACGAUGCAAAUGCAAACAAGGAACAACUGAAGGAAAGUCAGAGGCACAACAAAACGACGGAAGCCAUCGCAUUAGGCAAAGGACUGCACUUGAAACCCUACAGAAAAGGACUAUGCCUUCAUCUGAAGCCAAAAAACUUGAAGUGAAAAUACCACGCCGAGCGUUAACCGAUACGGAUCUGCUAAAGUACGCGAAGAUCAUAAAGAUUUCACAUUUUCGCGGAUUUUUUAUGGGGAACGAAGGGUGGGCCGUACAAGUACGAGUCGGCAAUCGUCAAUCUCGACGACGAAGAUGGUCCAGGAACACAUUGGGUCGCGUACAAUAAGUUGAACAAUCGAGUCAUUUAUUUCGAUAGUUUUGGCAAUCUUCGACCACCAUUAGAUCUUAUCGAAUAUCUCGGUGUUGGUAGUGUAAAGUACAAUUACGAGCAAUAUCAGGAGUACGAUACUUUCGCAUGUGGACACUUGUGUCUAAAGUUCCUGUGUGGACAAAUAAAUCGUAAAAACAAGUAUCGUCUACAUAAACUUGCUAUGUAAUUUUACAAGGUCAGUUGAGCAAUUGCAAUCAUGGAGGAUUCAUUCACGUUAACUUUAUCAGGAACCUCCUUUCUAUACUCGAAGCUUAAUAUUUCCCUCCUAUCGAGCUUUCCCCGUACAAAAAUUACGCUCUGGGACUCAUCGAGUUGCUGACCUUCAAUUCCAUUCUCAACGUGGACACAGAUCACAACAAGCUCUACAUGGGGGAUGAAGUUAUCACUAUACCCACUGGUAGCUACGAGAUCGAAGAUAUCCAAAACUACGUGCAUAGUGCGUUGACGGAUAAGAGCAUCGUUAUUCACAUUAAACCUAACAAUAAUACGACUUUCGGCCCAAUGAUUCCAUAGGUCGCUUGUUGGGUUUCACUUAACUCGUUCUGAAAGCUAAUAAAUUACACACGUCCGACGUACCAGUAGCCAUUCUCAAGGUGAACGCCCUAUGAGCCGAAUGCGAUAUCACGAUGGCCGCUUACAUCAACGAACGUAAAGUGCAUACCAUACACGAAUUCUUUCCGGUCGUGCCACGCGGAUACAAGAUCAUAAAGGUGGUUGUCGGAAUGUAUAUUUUUUUUAUUAUGAAUAAAGACAUAAGAUGUAAUAAGUUUUAAAUUUAUUUAACACAUAUACAUAGUAGUUGAAGCACGAAUACAAAGUUUAUAGACAUUGGAACUGUAUCUGGUUGUACCGUCCGCCGAGAUGACGCAUGAGGACUCGAUUCUCCUCACAGGCUUACAUAAUCUUCUUAAAGAGAUCGUCGUCGUCGUUGAAAGCUUUUGCCAUCCUUGCAGGUAGAAACGUCGAAAAGCUGUCUUCGACAUUAAGGAUCAGUCUCAUCCCAUAUUUGGUUUGAACUUUUCUUAUUCUGGUGAUUUUGUAUUCUUUCUGAGGUUCCAAAUUAGUCAAUUUCUUUGUAGGAAGAUAGUCAUCCAAACAGCUGACUUUGUUGAUUGCUGAGGAAUUCAUUUUUUACUGUAGAUCGAAUUUUUUUAGAUUUCGUAAAAGGCUGUUAUAAUCUCUUUUAGCUUCGAUUAAAUGUUUCACUUGUAUUCCUUCAUAGUAACUGUAUUCGAACUCUAAGUUCACCUUAUUUCCUCUUAUUUAGCAUCGGUCGGAUUGUCACAGCAAACUAAUGAUGAUACGUUCAGCUCCUCCUUUUAUAGGAAACUCUUAAGGGUUAAAAUGGUGAUGGGAGAUUUCGGAAAUUUCUAGGAAUCGAAUCUCCUACAGAGAUUCCUGGAAUCAAUGUCAAGGUCGAUGCAUCUUUUAGAUGGAGCGACUUACGUUCUAGAAUAUUCAGAUAAACCUUAGCCCUCCUCCGACGAAGUUGCGUCGCGCGCUUACGUAUCUCCUACGAGUAAUGUGACAUCUCGGAGGAUGAGGGACUGCAUUCUCGACGCACGAUUCUAGGAGAUAACGUUGGGUAUUACGCAUUUGAACAACCGAUACAUAGAUUUUUCUAGAAUUACUUAGACCCCUCCACUGCGCUUACAGAAAGUUUGCGAGAAGCGUUUCGACUUGCACGAACCUGCACGAGGUUUCCAAGGUUAUCCUGGAUUUAUUUUGCAACAUUCGAGACGGGGGCCGCCUUUCAAAACCUGCACGGAGGCUUCCUGGAAUCGAAUGGCUGGCGAGAGUCGACAAAUUUCUUGGAAUCGAUGCUGCAUUCCAGAGGGCUGCAUCCUCGAUGCGCAAUUCUGGAGGAAGGGGGUUCAUCGAAGCUUUUUGAUAGCUCCCCGGGGUGAGGGGCAAGGCUCCAUCAAAACGUCGCGCGACCGACUCUCUGCGACU